AAUGACCACCCACGCAGAACAAGUAAGUGCGAAACGGCUGAAUUUGGAAAAAGCUACGAAUUUCAUGAGACAAUUCAGAGAUCCUCAUUCCCGGGAACUGAAAAAGUUGUCGGCUAAUCAGUUCAUGGAGGUCUGGAGCCAUUACGAUAAAGACGGUAAUGGUUAUAUUGAAGGCGUGGAGUUAGAUGGAUUUUUACGAGAAUUUGUUUCAAGUGCCAAUAUUUCAGAUGUAGGACCAGAAGUAGUAUCCGAUGAAAUGUUGGUAGAACUUAAAUCUUGCUUCAUGGAGGCGUACGAUGACAAUCAGGAUGGUAAAAUAGAUAUUCGAGAGCUCGCUCAGCUUUUACCGAUGGAGGAGAAUUUUCUGCUCUUGUUUCGGUUCGACAAUCCCUUGGAGUCCAGUGUGGAAUUUAUGAAGAUUUGGAGGGAAUACGACACUGAUGGCAGUGGCUACAUUGAAGCUGACGAACUAAAAAAUUUCCUUCGAGAUCUUUUAAAAGAAGCUAAAAGAAAUGAUGUCUCAGAAGAUAAAUUGAUCGAAUAUACCGAUACAAUGUUACAAGUUUUCGACUUCAAUAAAGACGGCAGACUACAGUUAUCGGAGAUGGCAAAAUUACUUCCAGUGAAAGAAAAUUUCCUAUGCAGACAAGUAUUUAAAGGUGCCACAAAACUAACCCGAGCUGAUAUUGAGAGGGUGUUUUCAUUAUAUGAUAGGGAUAAUAAUGGAACAAUAGAAAAUGAAGAACUUCGAGGAUUUUUAAAGGAUCUAUUGGAGUUGGUUAAAAAGGACUAUGAUGCCCAAGAUCUCCAAGAAUUCGAGGAAACGAUAUUACGUGGAGUUGACUACAGCCAAGAUGGAAAAGUUAACAAAAAGGAGUUGACGAUGAUUCUGCUUGCUAUUGCUAAACAUAACCAAGAGGAAGAACCUUCAACUACAUCUACAUCCACUACAUCAACAUAAGCAAAAAAACUAACAAAGUAUUAUAAUACUGUUUACUCUCCGUUUCUGAGAUAAUAACAUUGUUGCCAAUCUAUAAUGUUGAUCAAGUAGCACAAGUUAAUAAGAGUUUUAAUGUAAAGGUUUAAAGUAAUGUUCUGGAAUUUUUCGUUUCUCAAAUAGUUUAACUGUUAAAAAAUACUCGUAGAAUAACCCGUAUCGAAUAACUCGUAGAAUAACGGGUGAAAGGGUUAAGUCGGCUCAUUAAACAAAACUAAUCAAUAGUUUAGAUGCCAAAAAUUGUAUAAAAAUGUUUCAAAUAACAAAAUUACAUUAGCAUUAACAUUAAAAUUUGGUAAAAAACAAUAUAUGAAAGGAAGUAUGUAUAUUGGUGAUUUAAAUAUGCUAUAGACUUUGUAGCUAUGAGUCAUUAACUUUAAUAAAACAGGAAGCUUAUGAUUAAAGCAAUAAACUUGGAAUUUGAUUGAUCGUCUUAAAACAUUCUCCUAACGUGUUAGAAAAGCAUUUCUAUAUACAUACCUUUCUCUCUUGUAUGACCUUUCUUAAAGGCAAUACGUAGUACUUCUUUCAUUUCAGUAAAUUAUAUUUUAUAAUUCUAAAAUUUGACUUUGGUUAAAACUAUAAAAAAUAUCCAGGCCGUAGAAGAAUGUCGUGUAUGCGGAAUUUGAGAGAGUGGUUUGGCUGCACCACUAAUGAACUUUUUAGGUCAGCUGUAAACAAAGUCAGGGUAGCCUUGAUGAUUUCCAAUUUCCGAUAGGAGUGGCACAAGAAGAAGAAGAUAAAAAAUAAUGAUACCCAAUUUUUAUUGUGUAUGCCAUUUUAUCGUUACUAUCCUCAUAUUAUUUUCACAUAUCUAAUUAGGUUUUUUACAAAGGUGAACAGAAGGGUAGGCAUAAUAUUAUCUAAUAUUUUAUUUUGAUGUGCAUAUAAUUUGUCUCCUAUUGGUCCAGUUAGUUUAGUGUUCUAGGUUUGUUUCUGUACAGAGGUUUCUGUAUCGUUAUGUUAAAAUUUUGGAAAGGUAUUCUGGACUCAGUUACAUGAAGAAAAACGUAAAAGUUCAUUGUUAUGAAUUUCCAAGCAAUGGAGCACCAAAAUGUCACUAUCAGGGCAUGGAUCCACUAUGUUGGUGCUAAGUGCUCCCUGAAACUGCUCCGACGGGCCGCGUCAACGUAUCCACAAUGUGGAGCAGAUGCAGGAGCGCGGAGCACCAACAUAGUGGAUACGUGCCUUUACAGGUACAUACAAAAGUUCAAUAUAUUGAAGAAAACUCCAUUCAUGAAAAUUUCAAAGUGCUCUCGCUGUGCUGCAUCCUUCCAUUUGCCUUAUGAAGUGGCCAAAGUCAUUAAAAAGAAAGUACAGAAAGCUAAAGAUGCUACGGGCCAAGCCAUAAACCUUAACUUCAAACAUCCGGAUAUAAUUGGAAUAUUCAUUUCCAAAUGUGCAAUUAUAUAUAAAUAUGGAAUAUAAUUAUUACGAGAUUAGAGAUCAUAAAUAUAAAGUAAGACAGAGGAAGUCCACAAAUGGGAAAUGAAAAAACGCGCCGGUUCGAGAUAGCUGCUUAUGGCUCGUGAUAAGAAAAAUAACAGAUAAGAAGGACCUAGGUUCAACAUUAUAGCUCUCAAGAGAUAGGCAAAUUUCAAUUUUGUACCACAAAUACAUUGGUUGGUUUCGUUUAACACAACCUCUAUAUCUGUCAUAUUAGCAAGAAUUAUGUUUAGAUGAUUGCACAUUUUGAGCUACUUCUUCAAACUAAAAUAUACUCUAUCGAUCACAAAUUUUCUGUCAAAGUUUUAUAUCAACAACAAAAUGUUUCAUCCGGUUUCUAUGAGCUGUAUGGAUUUAAAGUCUACCAGUACGGUGCUAACCUGACUGUAGACCCAGUGACGUUUUAAGGCAUCAUGUGGCCCUAGGCGGCCAUAAGAAGUAGUCCCCUUUAUAUCGACCAUUUACUUAAAACAAAUUUACAGAUAUUUAUGUUGUUUUGGGAAGUAGUUACUCCAAAAAUAAAUUACGACAAUGUAAAAAAGAUAAUUUUUCUUUUUCUUGCAUUUCGCAACAACUUCUCAUUAAUAUUCCAUAGUUAAUAUGCCAAAGAAAAAAAAAAGGGAUAUUGUGCCGAUAUGUGAUUUUGCCCUGGGUAUAAGUGCCAACCCUUCGGGGGUGAAAAACAUACAUUCAAGAUAAUGGAUAACUGAUUAAUUCUAAGUAACUUUUGUUAUAUCGAGUUUUUUCACUAAAUUAAUACUUUUUGAGUUAUUUGCCAGCGAAUAUGUUCAUUUUUUAACAAAAAAAAAAACAACUUUUUAGACGGUUUUUCGCAAAUAACUCCAAAAUUAAGUAUUUGAUCAAAAAAUAUUCUUAGAAAAAAUAUAACGUCUACAAAAUUAAAAAAAAAUGGUGUAUGUAUGAAGUAUGUAGACCCAGUAUAAGCAGAACUAGAGCUCAUGAAAAGUAGAUUCUUAUUCGACAAAUUCCAAGUCAAAUAUUUCAACGUAAAUUACCAAAAAAUGAAGCACUUUUCGGUGAAAAAUCAUCACAACUUUUUUAAAGUUUUAAAAAAGUUUAAUUUUUGCUUUUUAAACAAGUUUCAAGUAUCAAAAUUAAGCAAGUAAAGCUUAAAAUAAUGUUGAUUCCUUUUUUUGGCACAAAUAUCUUGAAAAUUUUGGAAAAUCCUGAAAAAAUUUAUAAGUACAUUAUUUAUAAUGAUAUGUAAGUUUCACCGGUUUACAGUGCUUAUAUUUC